AUGAGCUCCCGAACAUUCAACUGGUCUCGAACGGCCAAAUCCUCAUUGGUCAAGCAACAUCUCGUUCGUCCCAGUGAUCCCAUUGCGGCGCGCCCGGCACAGGCGCAGAAUGCCCGAGCCCAGCAAGUUGCCGAGUUCUCGGGCAGCCGCGAAAGCCAAGAUCGUCUCGGCCACCGUGCAAAAGAGAAAUUGCUGGAUCGGGAAUUCUUUCUCAGCCUCCUGAACUCCGCAUCGACUAAGCGUGAAGCUAAGUCGUACCUAGCUCGGCUCAAGGCUAGCCCCGCCAAACCAAACCAAGAAUCUACCGAGUCCCCAAAGGAGUCCAUAUCAGCAUCUCUGCCCUCUGGGGUCAAUUUGGGGUCAUUCUAUGGUGCUUCCAGGGCGGUGUACGACAGUCCUGUCUUCCGGCAAGAUACAACUCCCACUCCGAGCGCGCAGGAUAUACCCGAAAGGUUGCACUUGGCCCUGAUCAAAAUCACCACUCCGCAAUUACUCGACGAUGUCGUGAUUAAUGGAGUGGCCAAGACACUGUCGCAGCUCGUCCGCCUGGGCAUGGCAUGCUGCGUGGUUGUCGAUCCUGGAAAGGUGGACAGCCCUGCCGGGCGACAAACAGCCAUUGAGCAGGCGAAUCGGAUAUCGGCGGCGGUCGAUGGGCUGCCAGACUCGAAAUCCUUCCGACUAGACUCGGCGUUAUCCAUAUCAGAGCGGGCGUCAGGUCCACCCACGGUGCUAUCGCGAAAAGUGCUCCUGAGCGCCCUUCGGGAUGGUCAUGUGGUACUCGUUCCCCCAAUCGCCUAUAUGGAGGAAAAUCCUCGAGCUGUCACAGUUUCGGCUAACGAUGCCGCCCUUGCCCUAACAAAAGAAUUUGCAGGAUUGUCAUUAAAUCCAGACCCGGACGAAGACCCAGCAGUGACGGUCAGGAGAAUCCGUACGUUACAGAGGGAGGUCUCACUGGACCGUGUCAUUGUUCUCGAUCCACUGGGGGGUAUCCCGGCAUUCAAGGGCCCUCAGUCAUCGCACGUUUUUAUCAACAUGGAGCAAGAGUUUGAUCAAAUUAAAGACGAGCUUUCCCAGGCACGAACCUCUGUUUCUGGAAACAAUAAUUCUUCAAAACAAGCCCUAAGCAAUAACCAAAUCUUGGAAACAAAUCCGAUGUCAAAGUUUGUCAAUCGUGAGAUUGUCUCGCCUGAGGAACCUACCACGUCCGGUCAAUCACCGGACGCCGAGAUGAUGGAGGAUGUGCUAGAUGGUCAUUUGCAGAAUCUCCGAUUAGCCCAACAAGCAUUGGCCAUGCUACCAUCAGCCUCCUCAGGCAUUAUCACCUCCCCACAAGAAGUUUCCUACUCAGCCCAUUCACCGCCACAGGCUGCCUCAGACCUGUCAGCGGUCGGAACCCGUCGACAGCGCAACCCGUUGAUCCACCACCUUCUCACCGACAAGCCUCUCCUAUCAUCCUCUCUACCUCCAGGCCGACGGGGUUCUUCCAAUGGCGGAUUCACCGCAUUCAGCCCGAUCACCUCCCACACGACCUUUGUCAAACGCGGAAUGCCGCUUACGAUUCUCCCCAACCCCUAUACAAAACCCUGGGUAGCCCAGACCCAACCACGACUGGGACUGAACGACCCUAGCAUCGACCUUCCCCGCCUAGUCACCUUAAUUGAAGACUCUUUUGACCGCAAACUCGACGUCCAAAACUACCUCGACCGAGUGAACAGUCGUAUCGCCGGUGUCAUCGUUGCCGGCGAGUAUGAAGGCGGCGCAAUCCUCACCUGGGAAACGCCGCCGGGCGUCCCAGACGACGGAAGCGAAGCCAGUGCUGCCCGCAUGGUGCCCUAUCUUGAUAAAUUUGCCGUGCUCAAGCGCAGCCAAGGCGCCGGCGGUGUCGCAGAUAUUGUGUUCAAUGCGAUGGUGCGCACAUGUUUCCCCAAUGGAGUCUGCUGGCGUAGUCGCAUUGACAACCCGGUUAAUAAAUGGUACUUUGAGCGGUCCUCGGGUACCUGGAAGCUGGCUGAUAGUAAUUGGGCGAUGUUCUGGACGACGCCUGGGCUGGUGGAGGACACUCAGCGCUUCCAGGACUAUGAGGCUGUUUGUCGGUCUAUUCAGCCUAGUUGGGCUGAUAAGAAAAGUGUCAUUGACUGA